ACAAAAAAAACAAGCUUUUGGUGAAGAAUCCUGAAGCGAAAGCGAAAACAUUUUCUUUUGACUUUAAACUUAUCUUACAAUCACUGUCAGCAUGUCUGCUGUCUGGUUGACGCUGACAACCAUCCUUUAUCUCUCCUGCACAGCCCUGAGUGGUCCAGCAAUGGCCCCACAAUGGGCUCAUCCAGAGAAAAUGAUGACAAAGCUUCAUGCUGUCCCGGCCAGUAAGACGGUGAAGUUUCGAUGCCAGGCCAGCGGCAACCCACCUCCCACUCUGAAAUGGUACAAGAAUGGCAAGGAGUUCAAGAGAGAGCAUCGCAACGGAGGCUUCAAGGUCCGUGACCAUGUGUGGACCCUCGUCAUGGAAUCUGUAGUACCCUCUGACAAGGGCAACUAUACCUGUGUGGUAGAAAAUCAGUACGGCAGCAUCAAUCACACCUACCAGCUCGACAUAGUCGAGCGCUCCCCUCACAGGCCAAUCCUGCAGGCUGGCCUGCCAGCGAAUCGCACCGCAGUGGUGGGCAGCGACGUGGAGUUUGAGUGCAAGGUGCUCAGCGACCCUCCGCCUCAUAUCCAGUGGCUGAAGCACAUUGAGCUCAACGGGAGCCGAGUUGGUCCAGCUGGUUUCCCGUAUGUCCGUGUCCUCAAGACCGCUGACCUUGACAAGAACACGGAAGUCCUCCAACUGAGAAAUGUGUCUUUUGAUGACGCUGGGGAGUACACCUGCUUGGCGGGCAAUUCUGUCGGGUUCUCUCAUCACUCUGCAUGGUUGACCGUUUUUGAAGUUACAGAUUCAGCAUGUGACCCAUCAGACAAUAAUCUGGUCCUGCUAAUUGUUGUGAUCUGUGUUGCGCUGCUGCUUGGCAUCAUCAUGUGCUUCCUCAUAUGGAUCAUCAUUAAGACCAGAACCACCAUAAAGGAAACCGAGGAGCGUCCCCACCAAUCAUGUUUGUGAGGACAUGCGUGGAACAAUCAGACGCUAAAGAUGUCAGCCCGCAAGCAAGCAACCUGAAACACCACAAUCUCUCUGCACCACUAAGUCACAAGUUAUGCAUGUGAAGCAAUGUUGUAACUCAGCAUGUUCUUUCUCUUCUCUUCAUGCCCUAUGUGUGUCUGGCUGAAAGACAGUUAAGACAAUAAAGUCUAUGAAUUCCUAAAAGGUACAACAUGGGAAUACCUGCACUGCCAAUGAACAGUUUGGCACAACUGGCACAAAAAAUGCAUAACACAACCCUGAAAUGUUAGAGAAGUACAAAUGUCUUGUCUUUCAGUGGCAAGAAAUUAGAACUGGAUUGUACUGAGAUGAGGCCCUGACAUGUCUUUUUAAUUUGGGCAAGACACAUUAUAAUAGACUGACUUUAUCCCUAUCUUAGCGAAUUGCAUAGUCAGCUAAUAACAUUGUCAUGAAAAUGAACGUGCCGUUUAGUGCUGUCAAACUUAACUUGUUUAAUCAUUUCUGUUAGGUUAAUUUGAAACAUUAAAUGCGAUUUCACUUGGUUGUAUAUGAGAGGUUGUAGUGAGCUCACGUUUGCUGCUAGGAUGAAGACUAUGGUAUUGAAUUGAACGGGAAAACAUCAGGCAUGCAUUGGUACCACUCUAAACGUGCUAACAAACAGGGAAGGGGGCUAAAUAAUUCACCGAAUUUAACCAAAAGUUAAACCAAAAACUCCUAGCUUGCACUUUCUGUCUGUCUUCCAUCAGAGCAGUUUUUCCUUGUCUUUCAUGUUUGCGUUUACUAUUGUGGAACUGGCAAAGACCUGGUGGUUGAUUGUGAAAGAGAAACGGAGAAACUUUCCUACUUAAUCCUACUUCCCCAACAUUAAAUUUGCUUACAUUAUAUUUGAUUAGUUAUAAGUUAUAGUAUAUAGUAACUGACACUGUCAGUGUAGUUUUGGUAUAGGCCUACAGAAUAUCUAAUCCACAUGUUCAGGUACAGCAAGUAGCCUACUUUAUCUCUGAACGUAUUGUCAGUAAUACUCUGUACUGUUUUAUAAUUACAAGUUUGUGUAAUUUGGGGUUUCUGUAGCCAGUGACAUUUCAUUCUUUGUAUUUUAUUUUCAAUGCAGAUGUAAUGGCAUUGUACAUUUUUUUGUUUUUAUUUGAAGGCUGAGGCUUCAUUAAUAAACACAACCCUA